AUGGGAACUUUGGUAUUGGGGGCGCAGCCUCGCCAAAACAUCCCCAUCACAGUCCUCUUGAAGCUCAACAAAGCAUUAAAAAAGUCGCUCUUUUCCCGGAAUUUCUACCUGCAAAUCAACGACAAGGUUCUUUCCCAAACAGCGACGCUUGACUCCACCUUGUACUUCAUAUGCUACUUCACGCUCUUGCUAAGCGCGGUGCUCAACAACAAGCACAAGAUCUUGGCCUUUGUGAAGGGCCAGAACGCCAGGUUGAUCAAAGUGAUGGGCUCGUUUCUCCCCCCAAAAGCCGGCCGGGUUCUGUCUCCGGAACAGCCAGACGCAAGUGCCAGCGGGAACGAAAAAAGCGAGCCGGACAGAGCAUCCGAAAACGCCGCCCAAGAAACACCGUCCCAAUUGGCCGUGCACUUGAAAGCCGUGUCAUCGUACAUAUCAGAUGUGAGGAUCUUCAACCGCUUGGUGGAGGCCAUCAAGUAUAUGCCGUGGAUCAUCGACGAGUUCUCUGCGCUCGCCAACCCCGUGCUGGCGGUCCCCCGAACGGACAGACUAGUCAACUUUGCGCAGGCCAUAAACUGCCUCACGCUCGAGCUUUUCGAGAACGUCGGGUGGUUGAGCGACCACAACUGGAUCGGGACCAGCGACAACAAUUACUGGUGUAUUGAGAGCUACAUAUGGAGCUCGCGGGUGUGGGGAGCGUACAUAGUCGUUGAAAUGAUCGAGCUCUUCCGGCGGCACCCGGCGUCGAGGCGCGGCAAGGACUGGAAAAUCAGCCUCUUCAAGCAGGCGGUGCAGCUCCCGCUUGUGCUUCACUGGUCUCUCUACGACGGGUGUCUUUCGCCGUUCUGGGUCGGGCUCUGUGGAACGGGCGCGUCGUGGUUCGGGUUCAAGAGCGUGAUGGAGUCCAUAGACUUGGCGUGA